UCAGAGCCCGUCUACGGCUUUAUUAGACAUUCUCUGAAGCAGUGUUGGGAAGAAAACCAAGACGCCAAGAAGAGGAUCGAUAGAUACAAAUCAGGGCCCGUUUACGGCUCUUAGAAAUUCUCUGUACAAAGUUUGUUUCAUUGUUUUGACACAAGGGAGCCACGACACGAGUAAGAUCCAUAGAAAUAAUUUGCGCCUCUUUAAGAUGGCUACAGGAACACUAAAGAUGGAAAAAAUAAAAGAUGAAGGCAAACUCGAAAUUUCCAUUACUGACCAAAAAACUGUGUAUGGCCCUGGGGAUACCAUUACAGGAAUCGUGGAAAUCAAAAACGUCGAACCAAUACCAUCCAAAGCAAUCAAAGUGAACUGCCGAGGCUAUAGCGGCGUAAGCCCCAGCGUAAGCUCCAGGUUAAAGGAUACAUCAUGGGAAGUGGAGGAACAGUACUUCAACAGCAAUAUUUCAAUGGCUGACAAAGGCAUUCUGAAGAAUGGGUCACACACCUUCCCAUUCACGUUUGUCGUUCCAGCCAACGCUCCAUCAACCUAUUUUGGUAAUUAUGGCAGGACUAUAUUUGAAAUCCGAGCCUUUGUUGACUUGCCUCACUUUUCAAAUGGCUUCAAGGCAGAGAGGGUUUUCUACAUCCAAAAGCCCCUUAACCUCAACACUGUACCUAAUAUUCAGGAUAUUAGCUACUCCUCUGUCACUAAGGACUUCACGUACAUGCUUCUGAAAAAUGGUACCAUUGUGCUAAAGGCGACCAGUGACCUGCGAGGGUACACCCCUGGCCAAAUCAUUAAACUAGAAAUAGAGAUUGAGAACAGGUCGGGGAAAUCCACAAGCACAGUGGUAGCCAGCCUCAUACAGAAAGUGACCUAUAAAACUAAAAGGUCCAUCAAUGACCUGAGGACCGUUGCGAAAGUGGUGGGUGCCGGCGUGAAGGCCAAGACGGAGGCCAAGUGGAAGGAGCAGAUUGUUGUGCCUUUUGUUGCUCACUCCACUCUGGAGGGCUGUGGACUAAUCAACUUUGAAUAUUACAUCCAGGUCUCGCUGAAAUCCCCUGACGUAUUACUGACUCUUCCCAUCUUCAUUGGCAAUGUUGCCGUGGACACCACCCAUCCCAGCGACUCUGCCUCCUCCAGUGCCCCCCCUGCUGGGCAGGAGCACAAGCCCCCGGAGGUGGGCAGGCCGCAGGCCGAGGAGAUCGUGACCAUGAGCCACUCUCAGCCACAGCACAGACAGUCCGUCUCGCCCCAUUCCUUCCACAAACUUUUUUUAUAUCAGUCGUUCGGGUCACCGGAAACGUUCAUGGUGUUCAAGUAGCUGCAGCCAACAGGUAGAGCUUCCAGGCAGCUACGGUGCUACACUCUGGGGGCAUGUGAAUGAGCCCUCAUGAUCAUGCUCCCAGAGUAUAGCGCUGUAGCAAUAUUAUUAAUAUUGGUUAUGUUGCCUAAUGAUUGCAUUGAUCGUGUAAGCAGUCAAAUCAUUCAUUCCACAAGUAUAAGUAAGUAUAAGUACAUAAGUAUAUAUACUCUUUUGAUCCCGUGAGGGAAAUUUGGUCUCUCAUUUAUGAAACACACACAGCACACGGUGAACACACAGUGAGGUGAAGCACACACUAAUCCGGAACAGUGAGCUGCCUGCUACAGCGGCGCUCGGGGAGCAGCGAGGGGUUAGGUGCCGUGCUCAAGGACAUUUCAGCCGUGGAUGCUCAACCACUUCUCCCACCCACAUUUUUCCUACUGGGUCGGGGAUUGAACCAGCAACCCUUUGGUUACAAGCCCGAAGCCCUAACCAGUAGGCCAUGGCUGCCCCCAAUACAUUGCCAUAAACAUACCCCCCCCCCCCCCCCCCCUUAUAAGCGUUGGUCAUAAGAGCUAGUUAAUACAAAGAGUUAGUUAUACAUUCAGGCCUUAUUUAACUGGGGUAAGAGCGGUGCCUUUUGAUCAUACCUUUUUACACUGAGUAUUGCUACACCUGCACCAGCAGCAUGCCCACCCAUACCUGUAUAAGAAAGCCUUUAGUUAACUCAUCUUAUCUUGUAGACUACUUUUUCAGAUUAUUCUACCUCUUUAUUGGAGGGCGCAGCCAGCCAGAAACAGAUGGGC